AAUUCUAUUAGGCACAACCUUUCAUUGCACAAGAAAUUCCUUAAAAUAAGGAAUACAACUGGAAAAAGUUCCUGGUGGAUCGUAAAUACUGCAGCUGGUUCAGGAAGAACAACUCGAAGGAAAACAUCGUACAGAAAAAGAAAAAAUAAAAAUAUGACUCAAUUAAAAAAGUUACAUUUUUUUGAAUCCCUUCCCAACUUUCUUAAUGAACGCAUUAGUAGAGCAUUUCCUACAGAUUCUGAAGUACCUGAACAGCAUUCAUUUGAUACACGACUGGAGACCAGUUCUGCAGUUCUAAACGAGCCUCCAAAGAAAAGAUGGUUAUCAAAUUCUUUAUCAUCUACUCAUCGUAAAUCCUUCAAAUCAACCUUCUAUCCGGAAAGUCUGUCAGCAUCUGAUUGUAAUCUGUACUCAACAGAUAAUGAAUUAACAUGGCUACCCAAUAUGUAUCAUGAAAGUCUUACGUAUGAAAAUGAUCGUCAGUACAAUGAACUUAUUUUGCAGUUAAAUCAAGCUACAAAUACCGAAUGUUUCAAUCAGAAUUCUAAUUCAACAAAGGAAAACGUGCAAACUGUAUGGAACGAUGUUUAUAAUUAUCCUGAUAAGAUGGAAGCGACUGCCAUGCAUUUCUCAUCUCAGCAAACGGAUUUGAGGUUUCUGGAGACUUCAGCUGAACCUGAAGGAAAUACUACUGCAACAAGCGAGUCUUAUACUAGCCCGUACCAUUUAAGUGGAAGCUCUGUUAUAAGAAGUGAAGCAACCAAGCCCGAUCAGAACAUUUCAGAUCCUGAAAUACCUGAUAAAAGUAUAAUUGUGCCAAAAGAUAAUUGUAAUUCUUCUUUAUUAAAUGAAUUCCAUGAUAGUUGUAAGAAUAACAGAAUAAUUAAAGCAUCUGCAUUGCAGAACAAAGUAUUUGACGAAACACUUAUAGAAACUGAUUUACCAUCACCUGAGUUUUCACAUUCGGUAACUGAUUCAGAAUCUUCGACACCCUUACCCCUUGAAGUUUAUUUAGAAUCAUUUGAGUCUUCAUUUGAACCUGAAGAAAACAACAGUUUAAGAGCUGAAUCUUUUACCAACCCUUACCACCUAAGCGGAAGUUCAGUAAUAAGAAGUGAAACAAAUGAACUAUGUAUCACAUUCAAUACCAGUGCUCUCCCGCAAAGCACCCAGUCAUCUCCAUCGAAUGAAGUAAUACCUGAUAUAGAAGUCAUAGAAAUUUUGGACGAUGAUGAUGUAAUAUCUGAUAACGCAACAAUAGUCACAAAACAAAGGGAGUAUUCUUCAUUUCCAAAUGAAAUUAGGGAAUCUUCUACCGAAAAUGAAAACUCUGCAGAACCUACAGAGAUGCCUGAAGAAAAGAAGCCCAGAAAUCUUUCUUCGGACAUAGGAGAAGACAACACAAAUUCUGAAGUGUUAGUCCAGAAAGUUAGCAAACUUAAGACUUCAUUCCCUGCAGCAGAUGAAAACGCUCAGAAUAUAAUAUUAGAAGGCAAUAAUGAUACCGAAGCUACUUUCGAUGGACAGUUAGAAAUUUUUAAUCAAAGUUUAGCAGAAGACAAUAAUAAAGUACAAAUAGCAUAUGCUUCUCAGUCAAACUUUCUUAGUUCAUCCAAUCCAUUUAAUUCAACACAUUAUUUUAUUCCAUAUAAAAAAUAUAAUGAAGAUAGUCAUCAUCUAAAUGAGUCUGUAACUAUAGAUGCAGAAAAUGAUGCAACUUCAGAUGUUUUACCCGCACUAAAAAUGCUGUAUGACAAUAAUAUAAAGUCUAAUAACAAUUUCCCACUAAAAGUACCUUUUUCUUCUAUCAGCCACAGCACUAGAAGCACAAAUUAUCAUUUUUCUUCCAAUAACUGUCCCCAUUCAGAUGAAAAAGAAUGCCAAAGUAAUUAUCAUGACGUCUACAUAGUAGAAACAAGAGCAAGAGAAGAUACUGUCGAUUUUAAUAUGUAUCAUAUCGCAAAACGCCCUGGGUUACAUAUUUUUAAAAGCAUUACGGAAACUUCAACAAAAUAUAACACUACAGAAGAUUCUUUAGCUGCAUGCCAAGCGGUGAACCCUAUGAACAUGUCCACUAUGAUGAUCUCUCAAGACAUAAAUAGACGAGAAUUUAAAAGAAAGCACAGAGAAAUAGAAGCUGGAGACACUUUACUUUCUCAGAAGUUCCAGCAUAAAGAUAAAGCAUCUGUGAAAUUGAUGUCAUCAUUGCAGUCGUCUAAAAUCAUGCCACACGAGAUAUACAGUUGUUCGUUGCGGCCAGUAGCUACAAAGAAACAAAGAAACAAUACUGCUAGAGUAGCCUCGAAUUUGCCAUCAAGCAUAAAUUCCUCCACGGAUACUGCAACUAAAAACAAUUCUUUAACCCUCUCAGACAGUUCGGACAAAAUCUAUUCUUCCAUGAUUGGCGAUUUUCCUUACUCUGCACGAGGUGAAACAAAUGAUAUCUAUUCCUGUUGUUCCUUAAGCACCGCAUCUGAAUUACCUGCAUCCCAUUGCAUUAAAUUAUCAACAGAAACCAAAAAUGAUAAGUUUUUUCUAACAAAAGGUAUCACAGAUUGUUCGCCAUCAGAUUACAACAGUGAAAACACAACAGAAGAAAACUGGAAAUAUUAUGAUUUUGAAAACAAUGAUCUGCUUAAUGAUUGUGAAGUCAAUCAGCUUCAUUACGAUGUUGAUGCUUUGAAAGGUAUGUGGAAAAGAGAUGGAAACUGCGAAAUUCAAGAUUAUUGGGAGUUAAAAGAAGAAGAGUUUCAAAAGCUUAACUCCUUCAAUAAGAACAUUUCAGAUAUUUUAUGUACGUUAGACAUAAAAUCAGCUAUAGAAGUAAACACAGGUACGAGUAUAUUUGGUCAAAGUGAAGAUAUUUCUUCAGAAGUUUCUAAUUUAAGAAAUGUAGAAACUCUCUUUCCAGAUUAUUCCUAUAAGUCAUUCAGUUCUGACUCUUCAUUUGAACCAUGCUUAUGGGAUGAUUUCUCCUUUGAAUAUGAUCCAAACUUUGAUAAAUACUUACAAGAAUAACUUAAGUGUUUAAACAAAAUUAGGUGAAUUCAUUUUUGAUGCCAUAAACCUAUUGUCUAUACAAGUUUAAUUUGUCAUGUUUUCUUUAAAUUACGUUCGUAACAAAACGAAGCUUUAAAUUUCAUCCUCAAUUACAGAACUGAAACGACAAUAAAAUUUUUGCAGCCGCAACGACAAUAAAGCUUUCGCUGCCGUUAUUAUGAACUGCAGAGCAUACUUCUGAAAAAACUUAAAUGUAAAACUUUCAUUCUGCCUCUAGCUUGUAGCUUUCAUGAUGAAAGUAUUUUAUUAUAGCUUUUGUUGUUCCUAGGGUUAGUCACGUAUUGCGUAUGAAAGAAGAUAAGACCAAAGAAUAUUUGUUAUAUGUAUGUAAAGAUAUAAAUAAUUUUUAUAUUUAUUUGUUAUAGGCAGAAUAUCCAAAACAAAAUGUGAUUAUCCAAAACAUUUAUAUUUGACUUUGAUAUAUGAAAAGUCUUAACUCUCUCUCCAUAUAUAUCUGUAAUCAUAGUAAAUUUCCUGUGCAAUCUUGAUAUUUUCAUUAUAUUGAAAAUAACUUUUUAAUGCAUAACUUAUUAUAUAGAAAAAGGCUUAAUGAAAGUAACUUAACGAUGAGCAUUGAAUCAUCAACUAUGUUGCCUGGAUAACAUUUGUUCACUAACCUUCUGUUUUACAUGAUGAGCAUGAAUUUCAUGUUUAUCAACUAAACAUAUUAAAAAAUGUUGUAAACUUUUCUAGUCGCUCAAAGAUUACAACAGAUCUUAAAGUUAUCUUAGUCACAUGCUCUUAUAGCAUGCUUAAGAAACUUAAUCCCAGAAAUCAUAAUUUGAAAAAAUCGCACCAAAUAAUUUUUCUUCAUAUGCGUCAGUAGCCACUUUGGGAUUGGAAAUCUUGUUCUGUAUAGUUGGUUUUCCACUUGAGGAAAUAAAAAAAUCCCACACAAAGCAAGGCAUAAAACUAAUAGCAAUAAACACAACAAUAAUUAUUAUUUCCGAAAGUAUCAAAAGAUAUGAACGCUUUGCAUAUGCAUCGCGAUGUAUAACAAAGAUAUCGGAAUGGAUUGAUAUCAACUAGCCUAGACCCUUGGUAACAGAACAUACCGUACUAUAACUACGCAAAACUUCCACUGCAAUUAGAUAUUUACAGAUAUAUUUGUAACAAGAACUGUUCAAAAUUAUCUUACUCUAUUCUUCUAGAAUCUAUAAUAAACGCUUAAGCCUCUGUUAUCACCUUCUGGCUGCAUUCUCAAUCACGUUUACUAUUUUAACUCCAUUGUGACAGCAAAAAAAUAUUCAUAUUUUUUCAUGCGUUUCAUAUUUUUUCAUAUUUUUUAUUACGUUUUAUUUUACUCUAUGUCCUUAAAUUUAUGAGAAAAAUUAUCAUUUAUGAUAUAUAAAGGUACAAACAUACGCACACAUAUAUGUAUUAUCGUAUUUUACUCGCCUAUUUCUCCUCCUCGGGUACUUUUCCCGCAGUUCUUUUAGCAUAUGAUUUAGAACUUCUGAUUUAUAGUAACAUAAAAUGUAUGUACAAACAGCAUUUUGGGUAAGUAAAAAGAAUAUUUUUGAAAUUGGUAAGAGCUUUCAAAUACAUAAUAUAAUAAUAUUAACUUGUCUUUAUGUGUGUUUUUCGAUGUGCUAUAUUUAUCAUUUAAGCCAUCUCUUCAGAAAAGCAUACAUCACAUAUUUUUCCACUGAUAGCUUUCAGGCUGUAAAAUUAGUGGGAAAAGGAGCAAUAUGCGAGUAAAUAUGAUAUUUAUUAUCUUAUUGAUAUUAAAGAGUCUGUAAAAGAGCUUCAGCAGAAUGUGAAACUGAAAAGCGUUUUCUAAUAAUAUUGUCCCAAAUAUAAUAUGUGUGAUAUUUUGUAACAUGUUAUUCAUAUUCUGUUGUUAUGAAAUAUAAAGUAUUUUCUAAAUUGAUUGUAGACUAACGGUAAUACAAAUUAGUCUUUAAUUAAUUUUUAACAUCCUUAUCAUUUUGCUUUAUUUCAUUUUUAUUUACUUUAUUUUAUAGUGUAACUCUUAAAAUUAUUUUUGUUUAGCAGAAUAAAAUUAGUUUUUAUUGUUCUUUGCCUGAAAACAGAAGAGGAAAAAGCAAUAAAUUGUGUCCGAUGGUGCGUGAAAGGCAACUUAAUUUCAUGAACAACGUUGUUUGUAAUUAAUUUCAUUAAUAUCUAAAGUAGUAGUGGCUACCGUUUUUUCUAGUUACUGUUUCAUUUGUGCAUUCAUUUUAUGUAACUCCAAUACAGUAACGCGGAAUUUUUAACUAAGGUAUAAAACUACAUAAUUGGCACUUUACCUUAAAAUUAAAGAAACAGUACCAACUAAAAUAUAAUAUUACAUGAAAUGUAUGAAAUUUUUAAGAUAAACUUUACUCGAUAUUUCAGUGGCUCACAUGGUAGGCACCUUUCUCCUAAAGCCACAAUAAACAUGUAUUUUACGCUCUCCAGUUUCUUCGUUUCAUGAAUAUUUCUAUCCUGACUAGCACAACGUAAACAUUAUUUUAUAUAAUAUAAGUUUAUUUUCCUUGUAAAUCUUUUUGUUAAUUUUCAUAUUUUUUAAUAAUAAUAGCAAAAACGUAAUAAAAAAGCGUGAAUGCGUCCUGUGAUUCUCACACAGAAUCAUAGAUGAGGCAUUGUACCAAAAAAGUUUCAAGUUCUUUAACUUUGUUGUUUAUUCCUUUUCUGUUAUUACGUAUAAUGUUGCUCCUAAUAGUGGCCAAAUUUGAAUGCACUCAACAAAGCCUAAAUGUAAAUGUUUUUCAUUGUAUUACCAGCAAAAAUGCAAUUAAAAAAAAGAGUAGAUAUUAUUUUACUUACUGUGAUUCUGAGAUAAAACCAAAGAUGAGAUUUUAUACCAAAAACGUUUUAAGUUCCUGAACUUUGUUCCCCACCCCCCCCCCCUUUUUUUUUUUUGUUGUUGUUGUUGUUGUUGUUGUUGUUGUUCUUGUUGUUGUUACGAGUAAUUUUGUUCCUAAUAGUUGCCAAAUUUGACUGGGCUCAAAAAGAAAGCCAAAAUGUAAAUUAUUCGCAUAUAUUUCAUCGAUCUGUACUAUCUUUCCUCUUCCG